GGUGGGAGCAGCCCUGCGCGGAGGGCGGGCGGCAGUGCGGACAAGCCGGGGCUCCUCGCCGUCUAGGGUUUAGCCAGCGGCCGUUCUGCCUACGGCGGAGAAGCUCACCCAUCCCCCUCCAGCCGCCAGCGCCAGCCCGAGAUCGCAUUGAAGCGCUCCCGCAAAGGGAUCUCCGUCCCCUCCCAGCCGGACUCCCUCCACUGCCUCCACCUGCCAGCAGCGAACCCUGCGAGGCCAAGAAGACUUUCUGACCGUGCGUGGCAACUCCGCGCUGCCAGGAAAGCCGGGGGCUGCCUGCUGCGUGCUCGGGCUGCCGCUCGCCGCCGCACACAGGCGCGCUCCCUCGCCCUCGCCCCCCCGCCCCUCGGCUCUGCACGCCGCCUCUCCGCUCCCUCUCACACACACACGGGCGCGCACGCUUCCUCUCACUCUCCCUUUCCCCGGAGGUACGCUGAGAGCCGUUUAAUGAGGGGAAAAAGUUAAGAGAUUAAACCAAUAUGAACCACCGUUGCUUGUAGCAGUGCCCUAUCCAGAGCAGAGCAGAAUCCAGCGAGCACCCCCGCAGGAAUGGAGUCGGUAAAACAAAGGAUUUUGACCCCUGGCAAGGAGGGAUUGAAGAAUUUUGCUGGCAAAUCUCUUGGUCAACUCUACAGGGUCCUAGAGAAGAGGCAGAAGCCAGGGGACACCAUCGAGCUGACGGAAGAUGGGAAGCCCGUGGAAAUGCCCGAGAAGAAAGCCCCAUUGUGCGACUGUACCUGUUUCGGGUUGCCCCGGAGGUACAUCAUUGCCAUCAUGAGUGGACUGGGAUUCUGCAUUUCCUUCGGGAUCCGAUGUAACUUGGGAGUGGCCAUCGUGGAUAUGGUCAAUAACAGCACCAUACACCGAGGAGGAAAAAUUAUCAAAGAGAAAGCAAAGUUUAAUUGGGAUCCGGAAACAGUUGGCAUGAUCCACGGCUCUUUUUUCUGGGGAUACAUCAUCACCCAAAUCCCCGGCGGGUAUAUCUCAUCCCGGUUGGCAGCUAACAGAGUAUUUGGUGCUGCUAUACUGCUGACAUCCUCACUCAACAUGCUCAUACCAUCUGCAGCCAGGGUGCACUACGGAUGCGUCAUCUUUGUGAGGAUCUUGCAGGGCCUUGUAGAGGGGGUCACCUACCCUGCAUGCCACGGGAUUUGGAGCAAGUGGGCCCCCCCAUUAGAAAGAAGUAGGUUAGCAACCACCUCCUUUUGUGGUUCCUAUGCAGGAGCUGUUAUUGCAAUGCCUUUAGCUGGAAUUCUGGUGCAAUAUACUGGGUGGUCUUCUGUGUUCUAUGUGUACGGGAGCUUUGGUAUAGUCUGGUACAUGUUUUGGCUUCUGGUUUCAUAUGAGAGUCCUGCAAUGCAUCCUACAAUCACAGAUGAAGAAAGGAGAUACAUAGAGGAAAGCAUUGGAGAGAGUGCCAAUCUUCUAGGUGCAAUGGAAAAAUACAAAACUCCAUGGAGAAAAUUUUUUACAUCUAUGCCAGUCUAUGCAAUAAUUGUUGCAAACUUCUGUAGAAGCUGGACUUUUUACUUGCUGCUUAUUAGCCAGCCUGCUUACUUUGAGGAAGUAUUUGGAUUUGAAAUAAGCAAGGUGGGUAUCCUAUCUGCUGUGCCGCAUUUAGUGAUGACAAUUAUUGUUCCUAUUGGGGGACAAAUUGCAGACUUUUUGAGAAGCAAACAGAUUCUUUCAACCACUACUGUGAGGAAGAUAAUGAACUGUGGAGGUUUUGGUAUGGAAGCAACUCUUCUUCUCGUGGUGGGGUACUCUCACAGUAAAGGAGUGGCUAUUUCAUUCUUAGUGCUUGCUGUAGGCUUUAGUGGAUUCGCCAUAUCUGGAUUCAAUGUCAACCAUUUAGACAUUGCCCCGAGGUAUGCCAGCAUCUUAAUGGGAAUUUCUAAUGGAGUCGGGACCUUGUCUGGAAUGGUUUGCCCUAUAAUUGUCGGAGCAAUGACAAAGAACAAGACACGUGAAGAGUGGCAGUACGUCUUCCUCAUUGCUGCUUUAGUUCAUUAUGGGGGUGUUAUCUUCUAUGGCAUAUUUGCUUCAGGAGAGAAACAACCGUGGGCAGACCCUGAGCAGACAAGUGAAGAGAAAUGUGGCUUUAUUCAUGAAGAUGAACUUGCUGAAGAGACAGGGGACAUUACUCAGAAUUAUGUAAAUUAUGGUACCACCAAGUCUUACGGUGCUACAACCCAGGUCAACGGUGGCUGGCCUAAUGGUUGGGAGAAAAAAGAGGAAUUUGUACAAGAGGAAGUACAAGACUCAUACACCUACAAGGAAGGAGAUUAUUCAUAACAAACCUAAAUAUUGGGUAUAUUUUGUAGUGUUUGUGAUUAAAUUCAUUGUGAUUGUUUGCACACAGAAAUAAAAUGUGGUAUAAAUAUGUAAACACAUAUCAGACAGGAAGGU